UGUUAGAUCAUACAAACAAGAGGAAUAGAGGGUGAAGAAGGAAAGUCAACUGACCAUAGAGAUAUUAUCCUGUAUUAUUCUGGUGGGCCCAAAGUAAUCAUAAGCAUUCUUAAAAUUGGGAGAUAAAAUCAGAAAGUCAGAGAAGGAGAUGUAACUUUGUUGACUUUGAAGAUGGAAGAAGGGGACCAUGAAACAAUGAACGUGAGAGGUAGCUAGGAACUGGAAGAGGUGAGUAAAAGGCAAGAUUCUUCUUUGUCCGGUCCAGAAAGGAACACAGGACUGCAUGACCCAAUUUCUUAUAUUCAUAUACCUGAAUAUGUUUUACUUCUUUCCCUCUUUGCAGAUACUGACAGAAAACCUCACCACGGUCACUGAAUUCCUGUUGCUGGGUUUUUCCAGCCUUGGUGAAAUUCAGCUGGCCCUCUUUGUGGCUUUUCUUUUUCUGUAUCUGGUCAUUCUUAGUGGCAAUAUCACCAUUAUCAGUGUCAUCCACCUGGAUAAAAGCCUACACACACCAAUGUACUUCUUCCUUGGCAUUCUCUCAACGUCUGAGACCUUCUACACCUUUGUCAUUCUACCCAAGAUGCUCAUCAAUCUACUUUCUGUGGCCAGGACAAUCUCCUUUACCUGUUGUGCCCUUCAAAUGUUCUUCUUCCUUGGUUUUGCCAUUACCAACUGCCUGCUAUUGGGUGUGAUGGGUUAUGAUCGCUAUGCUGCCAUUUGUCACCCUCUGCAUUACCCCAUUCUUAUGGGCUGGCAGGUGUGUGGAAAACUGGCAGCUGCCUGUGCAAUUGGAGGCUUCUUGGCCUCCCUUACAGUGGUAAAUUUAGUUUUCAGCCUCCCUUUCUGUGGCGCCAACAAGGUCAAUCAUUACUUCUGUGACAUCUCACCAGUCAUUCGUCUGGCUUGUACCAACACAGAUGUUAAUGAAUUUGUGAUAUUCAUUUGUGGGGUUCUUGCACUUGUGGUUCCCUUUCUGUUUAUCUGUGUUUCUUAUAUCUGCAUUCUGAGGACUAUCCUGAAAAUUCCCUCAGCUGAGGGCAGACGGAAAGCGUUUUCCACCUGCGCCGCUCACCUCACUGUUGUUAUUGUUCAUUAUGGCUGUGCUUCCUUCAUCUACUUGAGGCCUACAGCAAACUAUGUGUCCAACAAAGACAGGCUGGUGACAGUGACAUACACUAUUGUCACUCCGUUACUAAACCCCAUGGUCUAUAGCCUCAGAAACAAGGAUGUCCAACUUGCUAUCAGAAAAGUGUUAGGCAAGAAAGGUUCUCUUAAACUAUAAAAUUGAAA